AUGGUCUUCACUACACUUUUAAUCUCAUCGAUAUUAUCUCUUGCCUCUGCACAGCGGGGUGGUGUCCAUGUUUUAGAGAAGCACCCUACACUUGCCUGGGAGUUAUGCACCAAGUCAAGUGGGUGUCAAGCCCAAUCUCAAGGGGGAGUUGUGCUCGAUGCCAACUGGCGUUGGGUUCACGAUGCCAGUGGGUAUUCAAACUGUAUUACUGGAAACACCUGGGACCCGUCGGUGUGCUCUGACCCAAUAAGUUGCGCAAAAAGAUGCGCAAUUGACGGGGCCGACUACACUUCUACCUUUGGUAUUACCACAUCUGGCACCACUCUCUCACUCAAGCAUACCUAUAGCACUCUCAAAUCUGGCGCUCGUGUCUACCUGAUGGCCAACGAUUCUAGUUAUCAAACAUUCAAGCUUAAAAACCGAGAGCUCACGUUCGAAGUGGAUACUUCUAAUCUUUCGUGUGGCCUUAAUAGCGCGCUUUACUUUGUUCAGAUGGACGCCGACGGUGGUAUCGCCAAGUAUCCCACCAAUAAAGCGGGUGCCAAGUACGGAACCGGAUACUGCGACGCUAAGUGUCCUCGAAACCUUCGCUUUAUCAACGGCGAGGCAAAUCUACUUGAUUGGAAAUCUUCACCUUGGGAUCCAGACGAAGUUACAGGUCGCUACGGUGCUUGCUGCAGCGAGGUGGAUGUAUGGAAUGCUAACUCCUUCUCUACCGCCUACUGUGAUCAAGAUGGUUGUGACUUCAAUCCAUACCGCCUAGGGAACCUCACCUAUUACGGGAACGGCAUGACCAUUGACACUAAGCAAAGUAUAACUGUUGUCACUCAGUUCAUCACCGCCGACAAUACCACAACCGGGGCGCUCCGCGAGAUUCGUCGUCUAUACAUCAAGGAUGGCAAAGUUGUUCAAAACUCCAAAAGCACCGUUCCCGGACUAUCCGGCUAUGAUUCUAUCACCGAAGAUUAUUGUUCAACUCAAAAGGCCGUAUUCAACGAUCCCAAUACGUUUGAUACCAAGGGGGGCUUCGGAACACUUGAUGAUGCGUUGGACUCGGGAUUGGUGUUAGCUAUAAGUAUCGGUGGCCAAAACGCCAACCAAAACCGAUGGCUCGAUGGUAGCUAUCCACCCGAUCGUUCAACAUCCCAGCCUGGCGUUUCUCGGGGUGCUUGUCCAUAUCCAUGGGAAAGCAUACCGCACCUUCCGGUCGAACCACAUCCCACAGCAUCUGUUAAGUUUUCUAAUCUAAGGUUUGGAGACAUUGGGACAACGUACUCUGUGUAG